GUAAAGGCCCGACGUACUCGCGCGCGGUCGCGGUCGCUACUCGUGUCCCAGCUAGCAUAUGAGCACCAUCCGGCGCAGUGAAACAGGACAAAUAAUCACUAGAUUAUUUCCUUCGAGUGAUUUUUUUCAAAAAUAAUUACCAAGUUUCAUUUUAUUUUUCCCGAUAAAAAUUUAUUGAUUUUUUUCGGAGUGAAUUAAGUGGAUUUCCAGUCAGUGUCCCCUAUACAGGGGAGAAAGCUAAGGACAUACGUGAAAAGAGAAAGGACUAGACACGCCUGACGAUGGAUUACGGCGGAGGUGGGCUAAUGCAACGAGAGCUUUCAUUAUUUACUUAAAAUCAAGGUUAAUUAAAGCCUAAUGAAGGUAGACAGGCGUCACACACGAUGAUAAAAUGUAGGAAGAUGAGGUCGAGAGCGGUAGAAGAUAUUCCUCGGAGGAAGUGUCAAGAGAAAGAGAGGUUUCAGCCUUAAAGUUUUCGAAAUAAGUAACGAUGUAGACUCUGGUGCCUUGGCCAUCACCGUAGUCUUUCCUGUCAGUGAUAUUGCCGGUGGGCUGUAUUGCGAGCCGGUACCAGUGCGGGGAAACUCUCAAGGAAGGAUAAGAGGAUAAGAGGAGGACGAGAAAGUAAAUAGCCGAGGGGACCUCGAGAAAAGACGUGCCGGGUUAUACUACCGCUAUAUAACGACCAAGACCGUACAUCGAGGAGGCUUCUCACUCAAAGAAGCAGAGGGUGAAGGCUCACGCAGAAAAUCGCCGAGCGAUGAGCGAUUUACAGGCCACCCUCGAGUUCUCCCUCGAGCUUUGCAAAUUCUACAAUGUUGAUCUCUUUCAACGCGGGUACUAUCAAAUCCGAACAGCUCUCAGGGUAUCACCUAAACUGCCAAUUAAAGUGGAAGUCGAUCAACUCCGUAAUCAUAAGCGCUCGUUAGAGAACAUGGACCCGCCGGGAACGAGCAAGCGUUUCCAGAUCCUCUACAGGAACGAAGAAGUGACUCUAGGAACAUCCGUGCUCUUCCGCGCUCACGUGCUCGUGCACAGUCACAAGAUCGAAGAGGCUCUCUCCCGGACUCACUUCAAUCUCGGCGUCGAGCUAUGGUUCAGCGAGCCCACCCAGCCGGGAAAUAUGGCAUGUGUGUCAUCAAGAGCGUUGCAGCUGAAUUUCGUACCAACAAAGGGGCUUCACUAUCAUUUACCGGUGCUCUUUGACUACUUUCAUCUGGCAGCGGUAUCCAUAACGAUCCACGCCUGUCUCGUCGCGCUCCAUCAGCCUUUCGUUAAGAAGAGCAUACUUCACUAUGUACAAAGCUGCGCACCUAGGAGUGGAAAACCUUGGUUACAGUUCAAACAGCCAACGGCUAAUGGCGCAGACAGUACUGCCUUCUUGAACAUUGAAACAACGACAAGAUGCGUAGGAUCAACAGCGCGAACACAGCACGCGCGAGCGACGCAAAGGGAAGUCACGCGAAUAUUAUUAACAGCUCGCGAAAACUUGCUGAAUGACAUCGCAGACUUGGCAAGGCUCUUGCCGUCUCGAGAGCAGCGGGAUCUGGAAAUCGCCGAGCGUAAGCACAAGGAGGCGAGCAAGAUGAUUGACACCGACGAGGUUGACAUCGCACAACUUUGCGCACAAAAUAUCGUCCUCUGGCACAUUUUCCUUGAGGCUUUCUCCAAGCAGGAGGCUGUGCACCAGCAUUUAGCUCGGAUUCACCAUCAACUUCGCGUUAAACGGUUCUCUGAAGGGUUCUUUGUCCUCGAGAAUCCACGAACAUCAGCGGCAGGCUGCUACGAUGCAAAUUAUCAAUCUUAUCAAGCGGUGAGUGAAGCGGCCCGGAGAUCGCGUUACUUGGCGGCUCUUCCACCCUUGCCGGUUCACUGUCCUGAGCUUGACGGCGAUCUCAAUUCCCUUCCUUUGAUAUUCGAGGACAAUUACGCCGACAUGCAACAGAGGCAUCGUAAUAGCGUUCCCAGCAUAGAAGACUGCAGCUGCGGGAUAUCCGCGAUCCUGGAGUCCCGCGGGUCCAGCGUCUGGUCGCCCCGCAGCGAAGGAGCCGCCCAGGACAUCGCCUCGAUCCAGGCCAGGCUGUCUCUAGGACCAACCUCGCUCCCAGCUCGUCACAGCAAGUCCUUGGACCAGUUGGGCCCUGAAAUAGCCAGCCCGCAGCCCAGAACUUCGCCGAAAACGCUUCCGAGGUCUGCGUCGACACAACUAUUCCCUCGGCAGCGGUCAGGAGGACGCAAUCCAACUCCGCCGACCUCAGUGCCCUCCAAGGGGAGGUCUCGAUCCCAGGCUCCGCUUCACACUGCUCGGAGCACCACGCUCUUUCCUCCCUCGGGUCAGCAGCAGGCUUUCUCCGCGCCGAACCCGUCUCUAGGGUCGACGCCAGUAAUGCCGCUCCCACGAGCAAAAUCAACCCAAAUGUUGGUCGCAAACUCCGGGCACGAGUACAUGCAACCCUCGACAUCAAUAACCUCGCUGUUAGCCGCGAUGUUUCCCGAGCUACCGCCGAAUGGACACUUCCCGGGGUAUCGACCUUCGAACAAGACCUGCGAAUUCGGAAUUCCCUCCUGCAACUUUGACUUGAAUAAUAAAUUCGGGUCCUUUGACAGCAAUCACAAGUCGGAGUCUAACAGCACCGGGAACCAGCGGAUACGACUGGAGCCCCGAAGCCAUCGGCUCUUCCACCCCGACAAGUCGCUCAACAUCCCGAACGGAGUGUUUGAUCAAACCAAUUCCGGCAACAUGCGAUCCGCGACCCUGGAUCGCGUGACCUAUCGCGGGAACCACCGGAAGCAGGCUGCCAAGAGUAACACCGACAACCGGCGGUAUCACACCCUAGGGAAGUCUUCCGGACACCCGGAGAGAGUAAAGUCCCAGGACUUCCUUAAUACUUUGAACGGAGACGCUCAGAGCCACACUUUGCUUGUUGAUCCUUUGAACAAGAGGUUUAGUGGGGUUUACGGCGACAUCAAUGUCGAUUCCUUUUUCUACAGAACCAACGGGACCAGUGGAAAGAACUCUGACCGCCCGAAGAGACCCAAGAGUACUGAGAGGCUCUUUGAUGUUGGUCGGGUCGAUUACUCCCAGGAUAAGGAGAAUUAUGAACGCGAUAGAUAUAUCAAUUCACGGGACAAGGACAAGGCCAACAAGAAGCCGGAGAAAAGCAAGGUCGAAAAAGAGCCAGUGUACGAAGUUAUCGCGCUAAUGAUCGACACGAACCCUGUAGAAGAAAGACGGCGAGGUCGCCGACCGCAUUCCGCCCCCGCAAUUGACGGGGAAGUCAAAGAAGACUUGGUAAAUUCUUCCAACAACAAAAAAUGUCAUCAUCGCGGCCGCAAGCCUCCCCCACCUCCCCCGCCAUCAGUCCCACCUCCAUACGACGAAAAGGACGCGAUGGAUUUGCCCCUGCCUUUGCCUCUGCCUCCGAUGCCGGGGAACAAGUACCGAAGUCAGAUGUCGAGCCUCCAGGAGGUGGAGAACGGGAGCAAGGUCAAUCUGAAGGUCGAGGGGCUUGAAAAUGGGAUUGUUUCUUCGACCUCGACGGACGAAUCGCCCUCCCCCGGAGUUCCAGAGCCAAAUGCCAAAAGACUGAGAUGUGCGAGCGUUCCCGUGGCACAGAACAAGGUGGUCGUGCCCCGGAGCGCAGUUUCGUUGCCUUGUAUGCCAAUUAGGGAUAGCAAAGAGCUCCUAGGCGCUGACUUGCUCGCUGUUCCUCCCAGUCCGCCGUCCUCCAGGCCCAGCAGUCCCGCCAGCAGCACAGAUUCUAAUAAUUUGACCUCCGAGUGCUCUGGGUGGGUUAGCAGCGGGGAUACUUCCAGUUCUGAACAAAAACGCAAAGGAGAGAAAAAGAUGAACAUAAACAAAAUCCCAGGGGCAAAAGACAAGAAAAGUAAAACAAAGAGCGGCAAAGAAAAGAUAACAGAGCAUUCUUACGAAGAAGUGCGACUCCCACCGCCGAAGAUGUUCCAAGACGAGCCCCCGCCUCCAGAAGCAUUCAGAGACCCAGCCCCCGCCCCGGUUCCGAUGGUCGACAACCCGCUCUACCACGUUUACGAGACCGUGAAGCGCGCCAGGAGUCCAAAGCAGAACAAAACCGCCCCUUGCAGCCCCCAGAAGAGCCGCGACAGGGCUGAAAGGGAGCGAGAGAGUGUCUACGCGAGGGACUUUUGUCUGGACUGCUACCAAGAAGGCAAAGAGCUGCUCCAGUCUACGCAGGAUGAUGUCAUUAACUUCAAAAAAUGCAAGGAGGAGUUCAAAAGACAGAUGAGCUUCUCCGGGAAAAUGUACAGAUUCUUUCAAUCGAAUUCCAGCGACUACACCGGCGUGGCCAGCAGCCUUCCUUACUUCAACAUCAGCGACGAGUACAGGAUAUUCGCUCCCGAGGGACCUCAUCUUAUUAUUUGCGUUCACGGGCUGGAAGGGAACGCUGCUGACUUGAGACUCGUUAAAACUUAUCUUGAGCUCGGGUUACCCGGGGCUCAUUUGGAUUUUCUUAUGUCUGAGAGAAAUCAGGGUGAUACAUUUUCGGAUUUCGACACAAUGACUGACCGACUGGUGGAGGAGAUCCUCCACCACAUAGACACAUCAGGAUUAAACCCCACGAAAGUAAGUUUCAUUGGGCACUCACUGGGGACCAUAAUAAUACGCAGUGCAUUAACGAGGCCACAACUGAGGCCACUGUUGUCGAGACUCCACACAUUUCUCAGUCUAAGUGGCCCACAUCUAGGAACUCUCUACAACACGAGUGGACUUGUCAAUGCCGGAAUGUGGUUCAUGCAGAAAUGGAAAAAGUCCGGAUCUCUGCUGCAGCUCGCAAUGAAGGAUGCUUCAGAUGUUAGAAGAUCUUUCAUGUUCCGACUGAGUCAGAAGAGCAACUUGCAGAGGUUCAAACACGUCUUGCUCUGUGGUAGUGCUCAAGAUAGAUACGUUCCUCUCCACUCGGCCCGGAUCGAACUCUGCAAAGCUGCCGUACGUGAUCCAACUGACCAAGGUACCGCGUACAGAGAAAUGGUCCACAAUAUUUUGUAUCCUAUAAUGUCAGCCUCAGGUGUCAGUCUCGUACGCUAUGAUGUCCAUCAUGCAUUACCACCAACGGCAAACGCAUUGAUUGGACGCGCUGCUCAUAUCGCCGUCCUUGACUCUGAAUUAUUUAUUGAGAAGUUCCUUCUUGUCGCGGGACUCAAGUACUUCAGAUAAGCCACCACUUAAUGAUAAUUACAAUUAUAAUUAUUGUUUAUUAUUUACUAUUGACUAUUACUACUUUAAGUAACAAUUAUUGAUAAACAGUGACAUCACAAUGACCAUUAAGGAAAUUUUUAAACUAAUAAUAUCGUCGUUUUUUACUAAUUUAAUAAUAAUCAUUUUUUCUCGUUUAUUUUUUGCAGAGCUUUUCAUUAUUCUAUAAUUGUAAUUG